GUCCGGUUUUAAAUGUGAGGGUAGUCACACACAAACACACAGAGCCAGAAGGUCCAGAAGACAUACUCUGUACUUAGACCCUGCUUAGCAAUGUUCAGAAGAUCUAUGGUGCGCUGCCAGUGAUGUAAGAAGAUCAAAUAUCGAUGCAGUUUCACCAAGCCCCUGCCACACAAGCACCUCCAUCUCCACAGGAAGGUGCUCCAUCCAGACCACUGAUGGAGAGCAUGCCCAAGAAGUGGGUGAUGCAGCCAUUGUCCCCUAGACUGGAACCGGCAGACUUAAGAACUGUGCUCCAUAGCAGAGAAGAAAGCAGUCAGGACAGCACAUGGACCUGCAGUGAGAUGCAGGGUCUGAAUGACUCACUAACCUCGGUGACAUGGCAGGAGGAGCAUGAUGUGUUGGAAAGGCCCCAGAGAGUGCAGGUUUCUGAGGGAAGCUACAGGCAGGACCACCAUCCCAGCAGCCCCACUAGCAUUAGCAGUAAUAGUAGCACAGGCACCUGCCAUGGCUUCUACUCCUUCAUGGACGAAGACGUGGAGAAGACAGAGGCCUGGAUGGUCUCCCCUGAGAGGCAGAACAAACUAGCCACCGUCAAGGAGGCAAAUGGCUUCAAGGUGCAGGCGUACAGUGAGAAGAAGCCGGAGAAGCUCUUCCAGGAUGGUGAGGGGGACUCAUUCUCCCAGGUAGCCGCUGUGCCUGCGACAGUGCAAGAUGACCUGGAGCAAGUUCAGGAAAGGUUGGAACUCAUCCGCAGCCAGGCACCAAAGAGGAAACCUGUUGACAUAGAGCAGUGGGAGGCACUUGAAAACUUGGACCUCAGCAAACCGCCCCAGAGGGUGUUGGAUGGGCUGAGCCUCUACUAUAUCCCAUCCAGGGCAGAUCGAGAAACAGCCAAGGCGGAGUCUGGCACCAUUGACACAGAGAAGAUUAACUUCAAUAUAGCACGGCAACAGUUCCUCACAAUGGAACAGUCCCGAUCCAACCCCUUCCAGAAUGUUCCCCAGGAACCUUACCAAUCUGCAAACAAAGGACAACCACCACAAGCUGAGGGAGGCCUAGUCAUGCUGAGGAGACAUGAUUAUGAGAGCCUCACUGGAGAGAAAUCAACCAGGAGUCAAAACCAAGAAUCAAAUUCAAUUAAGAAUGACUUAUUUGGUAGCAAAUGUGUAACAGUUUACACGUCAGAGGAAACAGCUGCAAACCAAAGCUGCUGUAAUGAGAAGCUUGGCCGUGGAUUCAUGCUUCCGCCAGGCCAUGUGAGUGAUCAGUAUGCCUUCGUGGGGCAGGAAUAUGGUCAGGAGCCACAACCUUUAGAUGAGGCUGAGACGCCCAUCGAGAAGGAGAUCCGUCUCGCCCAGGAGAGGGAAGAGAGUUUGCGACGAGAGCGAGGCAUCAAGCACACAAACUUAAAGGAGAUGGUGGAAAUUAAAACCAAGCCAUUUCUUUCUCGGACAGGACCCACUGGUACACCAACCAAAACCAGGGAUAAGGGUAGGGUAAGCUUCUUCCUCCAGCGGGAGAUAGAGCUGGAUAACCAGCGAGAAGAAAAGCUGCACCAUCAAGGGAGAGCGCCGGCUCUGCAUAACCAUGACACUCCCCAGGAACUGGGAGAGAGGAAGAAGGUCUUUGAGCAGCAAGCAGACGAGGUUCCAGUCACGCCCCCCAAGACAAGCAUCACAGGAAACCACCUCGAUGCGACGCAAGUCAACACAGGUGCUGCGGAGGCACUCAGGACACCAGAGUACAGCACCCCAGCAGAAUGGAGACGUGACAACAAAACAGAAGAUGUCCUGUCUCCUUGCUGUCCUCACCGGCACCCUGAGGAGACAGCUCAGUGGAUACUCAACAAUAGUACGGUGCCAGACAGUUACAGUCCCUCUCCAUUCACUCCCUCCACGCCCACUGACCUGCGACUCUUGUGGCCAUCAUUGACUGGGAGGUACAUCGUACCCCAGGCAGACUUCCAUGAGAAGUUCAGCCUGAGACCUCACAAGGUGGACACUCCAGAGGCAAUUCUCAAAGAGAUAGAGCAAGACAUCAAAAGAGAGGAAGAGCUUCGCCUACUGAGGGGUGGCAGCAGCUUGCCCCAGUCUCAGGAUGAGGGCCCGGAUAAUGCGGAUAAAAGAGCGCCCUCUACUGGUACAACGUUCAUGUCCCCUGAGAGCAAAAGCUGGCCAGGCCUGUCCUCCCCCUGGGGUCUCAGAGCUACGCAAGCGACUUUGGUGACAACAAAAGCUAGCUCCCCCCUGCCCCCCCCAUCAGUCUCCAGCUUCCCCUCCAUCCCUGCUGUAACGGCCCAGCCCUGGAGCUCCACUUGGCCAGACUCACCCGGCCCGGCCAGAGUCCCCGCCCUGAAAACGCAGACAUUGAGGUCAGGGGCAGGUGGCACCGCGGCACAGAAGGGCCUGACUGAAACCCUGCUGGAGGACAGGAGCCCCAGGCUGAAGCUGGAGGAGAGCGUGUAUGCUGGAAUCCAUCCAACUGAUGAUGUAAAUUGGGAGGUCCUGGAGGCUACUCGAGUUACCCGGCAUAAGAACAUGCGCGCCCUCCGGUGGGAAGCAGGAGUGUUCGCCAACAAAGACUGAGACUGAGACUGAAACUGCCAAGGAGAGAGGAGGGUGUUGUUCACCUCCAGCACCUUCUACGGGACUCUCCAAGGGAAUAUUUCCUUUCCACUCCCAACAUCUUCUCCUUUUCCCCCCUCCCACAGACGUGCACACUGUCGACUGGCUCAGUCCAAAAGCUUUAACAAAGAUAAAUAGUUAACCCCCCCCCCUUCUCUAUUACUACAUAACUAGUGCUAAAGUCAUUGUGUACGUGUUCAUUUUUUCACUAACAUUUUACAUUUCCAUUUUACAUAUUUAGCAGUCAAGUCAAGUCAGGAAAAUAGUACAUUGCAAACAUGCUGUCAUGCAGUUGACUUGACUUGGCAUAAGUGCAGCUAGGCUGAGCUUCCAGUGCCCAGGUAUGAGUGUAAGCAGUAUUGAAGCAGGAGCUACACAACUUCUAACAAAGCAAGCAGCUAGUAAAAGCAAAAUAGCUGUGAGAUUGGCCCAACACGAGCAGGAGCUGUCUGGUCUUAUUACAAAGGAGAAAGUGGAACCAGGAUAUUAUCAUUUGAUCAGAGGAAAAUUAAUAUAAGCACAUUUUGACUAAUUAAACAGAUUUCACUAUUGGGAUUCCAAAGAAGGCUAGUCAACGUAUGGUAGUCAAGGAAAUAAGCUAUGUUAAGGGAAAAUAGCAGAAUGACAAAAAUACUGCGAAUGUAGAAUAUCGUUUACUGUAGGGAGGUAAAGAAAAAUAACAUUAAGGAAACAGAAUUAAUAAGUCACUAUAUACCAAAUAAGCACACCCAUUGAUAACAUACUGCGUGUAGGUAAUGUAUUUAAAAUGUGCUUAGUUGAGGUUUGUGGUGUUAAUCUUGUGACAUAUUUUAAAGGAAUUUAAAGGGCUUGGAAUAUGCACUUAAUUCUUUCACUCUCAAUUACUUUGACAUUGAAGCAUUAGUACCGAUAUAUAUUAUUUAAUACAAAUAUCAGAUUCUGCAUACUGAAGGCAUAGAGCAAGAUUGAAAAAACAACAUAUUUUUGCUAUACAACUCAUUUUGUAACUUCAGUUUCAACUCACACUAAGUAAAAAUGAUACUGUUAAUUUUGAAUACAACUGGACUCUUAAAUUAUAACAGAGAGUAAACAAUCGAUUUCCUUAUUUAGGACAGGCUAAUGAAUAUAUAGUGUGAAAGGUAUCUUUAGACAUCAAUAUUUUAUGGAAUUUCUGAUGUGUUUUAAUGGUGUUUUGCUACAUUAUGACAAAGUUUUAAAUGUGGUGUUUACAUUUUUCUUUUAAUAACCUUCACAAUAUAGAUUUUUUAUUAAAGACACAGUGAAAUAGCAUAACGUUUAGAUUUUUGUAUGAACAAUCCAUUAAUUAAAUUUUUCUUAUUCAAUCAGUAUAAUAGUUUUUUUUCUAUAAACUUUAUCUUUUAUGCAAUGUGCCCUGGAAAUAUAAUGACAUGCAUAGUUCCAUAAUUUAUCUUAAAUUAUUUUGAAUGUGUAAAUAGUGCCUUGAUGUAAUAAAUGCAUUCAUGUUGAUAUUUAUAGUGGAUAAGAUUAUGAUACAUGAAUUUGAAUAAAUAAAGCGUUUGAAA